AUGGCAUUUAGAAUUUCUUCUGGUGACUUCUAACUUGAUGAUUUCCAUAGUUAAGAAAGUAGUUUAGUGAUACUUACUUGGUUGAUCUGGUUACUAGCAGUUAUGACUUUGUAUAUCGUUUUCAUGAAUUUCAUAAUUGCUGUUAUUUCAGAAUCCUAUGAAAGAGUGAUGCAGAAAUUAGUUGCGGAAUCAUACAGAGUCAAAGCAAAUAUGAUUGUAGAAAGGGAAUAGUUUUUCACAAAAGAUGACUUGAGUAGUACAAAAUAUUUCCCAAGUUAUAUUGUUAUCAGAAGACCAUUAAAUGCAGUGAUGAAGGAAGAUGGAGAGUGGUAAGGAUUUAUCAAAGAUUUGAAGUACACAAUAAGAACAACAGUUACUAAAGCUAAAUCAGAUAUUAUUCAAAAUUCUCACUUGAAAAAUCAGGGAAUAGAUGAUCAUAUCAAAGGACUUGAUGCCCAAGUAAAAGGACUUGAUGCCUAAGUAAAAGGACUUGAUACAAAAGUUGAUGGGCUUGAUACAAAAGUUGAUGGGCUUGAUACAAAAGUUGAUGGGCUUGACACAAAAGUUCUAAAAAUUCAAGAUGAUAUGGAAUUCAUAAAGAAUUCCUUAACUUAAAUUCUUCAAAAAUAUAAUCAGUGA